AUGGUGGUUGCCCUAACCCAGAAAUUCCAAGUGGAUGUGACUGGGGGGACACUGACUGGAAGGGCUCGCGGCAGUGGUCGUCGGGCUGCUCUGGGCAUCCUGGACGCCUGGAUGGGGUGGGGCGACCUGGGGGUGUACGGGGAGCCUUCCCGAGAGACUCCAAAUUUGGACCGGAUGGCUGCGGAAGGAAUGCUCUUCCCCAACUUCUAUUCUGCCAACCCUCUCUGUUCACCAUCCAGGGCAGCCCUGCUCACAGGACGGCUGCCCAUCCGCAAUGGCUUCUACACCACCAACGCACAUGCCAGAAACGCGUACACACCGCAGGACGUGGUGGGGGGCAUCCCCAGCUCGGAGCGCCUGCUGCCUGAGCUCCUGAAGGAGGCCGGCUACACCAGCAAGAUCGUGGGCAAGUGGCACUUGGGCCACAGGCCUCAGUUCCACCCCCUGAAGCACGGAUUUGAUGAGUGGUUUGGCUCCCCCAACUGCCACUUUGGGCCUUAUGACAACAAGGCUCGGCCCAACAUCCCUGUGUACCGGGACUGGGAGAUGGUCGGCAGAUUUUAUGAAGAAUUCCCCAUUAAUCUGAAGACUGGGGAAGCCAAUCUCACUCAGAUCUACUUAGAGGAAGCCCUGGAUUUCAUCAGAACACAGCAGGCAAAGCAGCGCCCCUUCUUCCUCUACUGGGCCAUCGAUGCCACACACGCCCCUGUCUACGCGUCCAGACCUUUCUUGGGCACCAGCCAGCGAGGGCUGUAUGGCGAUGCUGUGCGGGAAAUCGAUGACAGCGUUGGGAAGAUACUGAGUCUCCUGAGGCGCCUGGGCAUGGAGCGGGACACGUUCGUCUUCUUCACAUCCGACAAUGGCGCUGCCCUCAUCUCUGCACCCAAGGAAGGCGGCAGCAACGGCCCCUUCCUGUGUGGGAAGCAGACCACAUUUGAAGGUGGCAUGCGGGAGCCGGCGAUUGCGUGGUGGCCAGGGCACAUCGCUGCAGGCCAGGUGAGCCACCAGCUGGGCAGCAUCAUGGACCUCUUCACCACCAGCCUGUCCCUCGCAAGCCUGCAGCCGCCCAGCGACAGGGCAGUGGACGGCCUGGACCUCCUCCCCACGCUCCUGCAGGGCCAACUGACGGACAGGCCAAUAUUCUAUUACCGUGGAAACACGCUGAUGGCCAUCACCCUUGGCCAGUACAAGGCCCACUUCUGGACUUGGACCAACUCCUGGGAGGAGUUCCGACAGGUAUGGGGGCCGCCCGGGGUGAGACGUCUCCUGCUGUGCCUCAGCCUGGGCGAUCACCUUCACUGA